AUGACUGAGAAGGUGAGUGAAGACCGUAAGGAGUUGUAUGACUCGGCUAUAGCUUUUUUGAGGGACCCUAACGUUGCUUCUGCACCCUUGGCCAAGAAGAUAGAGUUUUUAGAAGGUAAAGGGUUGACUCAAGAUGAGAUCGAAAAGGCCAUAAAGGAGGCAUCCAGUAGUAGUGUAACUGGGACUGAGACCUCCAAUACUUCCCAAACAGAAGCUUCAUCCAAUGCGUCUACAGGUAGACCUUUAAAUACUGUUUAUGAGGCAGUUCCUCCAGCGAUCCCAAAUCGCGAUUGGAGAGACUAUUUUAUCAUGGCCACUGCUAGCGCAGGAUUGUUCUACGGUGUGUACCAGAUCACCAAGCGGUAUAUACUGCCACAGAUACUUCCAGAAUCGAAAUCAAAGCUCGAGCAGGACAAGGAACUCAUCAUGGAGCAGUUCGACAAAGUUGAGAAACUGUUAUCGCAAAUCGAGCAAGAGCAUGAAGAAUACAAGCAAAAGGAGGAGGCUAAGCUAGACGAUGUCGAUCGGACAAUUCUACAGCUACAGAAUACUCUCGACGAGACAGCCACGUUGAAACAGCGCAUGGAGGCCGAGUUUACAGCAAUCAAAAAAGAGUUCAACAACAUGCAGUCGUCCAUUGACACUUUUGUCAGGUCUGCUGGCAACGACCAGGAAUUGAAAAAGCUCCAGGACGAGAUCCAGUCGCUCAAAAACUUAAUCAAGAGCAGUUUGGGCACCACAGGAGGGCCCGGUGGGCCUGGUGUCCCAGGUUCCUUAUCCCAAACUGUCUCUCCAAACAGCACCGGAUUUAUUCCAGGUGCAGACUCCAUCCCAUCUGCAGCUGAUAUAUUGGCAAAUAUGGAGCUAGGAAAGACAAAAGCCAAAUCCAAGUCUCCAGAAGCUCCAGGGCCUGAACCAGCAUCUGCAGCUCAAGUUCCAGCCUGGAAAAAGGCCAGAGAAGAGAACAUGUCAAAGUCAUCUGUCACUUCAAAUUCUGCCAUUCCCGAAUGGCAACGAGCCAUGAACACAGGAAAUAGUUAUGAAUCGAACUAG